AUGUGCAGUGAGCCUGGCGGUUGCAGUGGCGGUGGGGGAGGUGGUGGCGGCGACGAGGAUCCGUCGUGCAGCGUCAAGGAGACGGCCACCAUCUGCGCUGAAUAUUGUACUGUGACGACCAACGCAGCUGCCGCGACAACAACCUCGUGCACAUCGACCACUUGCAUGCCAACUGUGGGCUGCAGUGUGACGGGGACGACGACUUCGACAAUCACCUCGACGAGCAGCGCUGAUUGUCCCUUCGCGACGGAUAUUGGAACCGGCAAUAAAUGCAAACCAUGUGCCUGGGCCUUUGACACGGUUUCCGAUUUAGACGCGGAAGGGAACCUCAGAAUUCGAGAAGGCUUCCAACCUGUCUACGCUACUAUUACAGCGCGGGCCAUAGCCCCUCCUCAUGCUGGUCUGGUGAAGAGGGCCCCCGCGAGGACUUCUACUGCCCUUGGAGGUUGCCAAUUCAAAGCGGGGGCAUCUGUUACCAUCCCAGCCUACAAGGGUCCACAGAACUAUGUCCAGUCAGCCAUCGCUGGAGAACUUCCUGCCUCCCUCUCAAUGUCCAGGUGGUACAGCAAGACGACUGUUGACUGCGCGCCCGUCACAACCAUGAUAUCCGAUGAGCAGAUACAGCCUUUCCUAGGGAAUGUCAAUCAGUCACCGACUAUCGAACAUUGCUAUGAAUUGAACUGGAUGGACGGAUUCUGGAAGUAUCUGUUUACUGAACAACACUACUCCUGCGACGAUUUCAACAAACUCAUGUUCGACGGUUGCAACAUCCUUCAGCCUGUUUAUGAUAGCCUGCCGGGAGACGAGCAUUGGGACUUUGUUGGUAUAACUCAAGAGUUAAAUUCGAUCAAGGCCCUGAUAGGGGGCGAGUACCAAGAGACCAUUGUCAGGCAAAGUGCAAAUGCCCGCAAGAAAACUAUAGUGCCCCAGAAACCGUGGAAGGCUUCAGAAGCAAUAAUCAAGGAAAGAAUGGGGGUUUUAGAAAAGAUCGCUCUUGGUUGUGAUCUAUGGACUUCAAGCGCCAUCUUCGGUCCACUUGAUUCAACAAAUCAUCGGAUAUACUCCGCCUUGAGAGGUGUUGAUGCUGAUCUAGCGGCAACAUAUCGAUUUUGGAUGACAAAUAUCAGGAUUCCCCAGCAGAUGGCGGCAGGCAGCGAACAAGCUGCACUUCUGAUCACAUCCAUUGAGACAGGACUUAACACCGCCACUGCGAAGGCAAUGGAAACAGAAGAUGGCGCAGACCGUUUGAGUGAAUACCGCAAGGCAUUACAAGCUAUACGUGAGAGAUACCAUCUUGACGGCACAGGGAACGUGUGCAACAAGCCUAUCAAUUUGAAUUGGAAUAUGGCUACUACAGAUGGCGCCCUGAGGCCCCUCCUUGCCGGCCGAGAUUCAUGUCCAUUCCCAAUCACGACCAAUACUCCGACCAAACCGACUAGCACAUCUGCUGCUCCAACAAAGACUACCACAUCUUUAUCUAUUCCAACCCCGACCAAAUCCAGUGAUCCAAUUUACUGCUUCAAUGAACACAGCGAUAGCUCCUAUGUACCAUUCGAAAUCGCUGGGGCACGGGCAGCGAUGGGAGCACUUUGCAAUAACGGCAAUUCACUAAUGCCUGGCGGACCUCCAUACACGUAUGUAUACAGUGAUCCCUAUGGAAUCAACGUGAUUGCAUCUGUUCAAUGGGCCCCGGAUCAGUCUGGCUGCAAGCCAGAGAAGGAAGUCGAGAUGAAAACCCACUGUAAAUCUUCAAUUGAGAAUUGUUUGUCCAAAUGUAGAAGUUCUACCGAGGGCUACGGUGGUGCUUUUGUUGAAAAUGAAGGGUCUGGUUGCAUUCAGUGGAUGCUCUACGCGCGGAAGGGCAAAGGGCAGUGCAGCUGCAACGAAAAUGGGUGUACACCCGAUAGCCCUGCAUGCUGUGCUAAUGGUUCCUGUGGUAAGAGUAAUGCGUUGAUGUCGGCGAAGAUGAAGUUGAUCUCACUGGACGAGGUGGAUCCUGCGUUGAGCCUCAGGCUGAACAUGCAAAGUACGGAGGACAAUUGA